AUGACUACGCCCAGUUUGCUAAUAAGAGACCUAGAUUUGGUAAAGACGAUUUGUGUUAAAGAUUUUGAUAAUUUCGACGAUCGCGGCAUAGAAUUGAGUGGAAAGGGCUUAGAACUCAGUAACUUUUUUGUUAAUUUAGUAAGGGACAGCAUGCAAGCCAGAAAUGGUAUACCUUCUAACAGAAAAGACUUCAUAGAUUUAAUCUUGGAAAUGAGAAAUCAAGGGACGAGCGUCACGAUUGAGAAAGGGACAAUUGUGUUAAUACCAACAUUGGCUAUAAGUCACGAUGAGAAGUAUUUUCCGGAUCCAAGCAAAUUUGACCCAGAGAGAUUUUCUCCAGAGAAUGAGAGCAAAAGACAUCCUUGUGCUUUUAUACCUUUUGGUACAGGUCCUCGAUUCUGUAUCGGUAUGCUUUUAGCUAAAAUCCAGAGUCGCGUAUGUCUGAUGAAGCUGUUGUACCAUUUCCGCGUAGAAGUCUCCAAGAACACGCCGAAAGUCCUCUCAUUUGAUCCACAGCGUGUAGUUAUUGCUCCAAGAGGAGGGAUUUAUUUAAACCUUAUUCCAAGAAAAUGA